AUGUUACGUUCCUUCAAAAGAGCCGAUUUUGUUUUCAUACGAGAAUUCCUGGCCAACAGGCUUGGCUCCAACAAUAUUGAUACUGACCCGAACAAUCUGAAUGAGUUGCUCGAGAGUCUGAUUCUCGAAGCGGACGACCUGUUUAUUCCUAGAGUUCAAGCUGUAUCUGACCAAAGGCCUCCACCGCCCCGCUCCAAUCGACACCUAAUGGACGAGCGGGCUCGUUCAUUUGCUAGACUAAAAUGUACUGGGCUCGACGUCGAUGCUGUCGAGUUCAAGUGA